CCUAACUCUAGGGCCAGGGCCACUCAGGCCUCCCCGCUGCCGUUUGUCCGGGGUCCCCGCUGUGUUCUCCCGCGCGCUUCCAUGGCCGAAAAGUUGGUGUCACUGUUGCCACCCCUGCUGCUGGCUGCGGUGGGCCUCGCCGGCCUCCUGUUGCUGUGCGUCCAAACCCAAGACGUCCGGGAGCCGCCCGCCCUCAAGUAUGGCAUUGUUCUGGAUGCUGGCUCUUCACACACAUCCAUGUUUGUCUACAAGUGGCCAGCAGACAAGGAAAAUGACACAGGUAUCGUGGGCCAGCACAGCUCUUGUGAUGUUGAAGGUGGGGGCAUCUCCAGCUAUGCAAGUGACCCUUCUAGGGCAGGCCAGAGUCUGGUUGAAUGUCUUGAGCAGGCACUUCAGGAUGUGCCCAAAGACAGACAUGCCAGUACACCACUCUAUCUGGGAGCUACAGCAGGCAUGCGCCUACUCAACCUGACCAGCCCAGAGGCCACAGCCAGGGUGCUUGAGGCAGUGACACAGACGCUCACACGGUACCCCUUUGACUUCCGUGGUGCUCGCAUCCUUUCAGGACAGGAUGAAGGGGUGUUUGGCUGGGUGACUGCCAACUACCUGCAGGAGAACUUCAUCAAGUAUGCCUGGGUGGGCCGGUGGAUCCGGCCAAGGAAGGAAACACUGGGGGCCAUGGACCUUGGAGGUGCCUCAACACAGAUCACCUUUGAGACGAUCAGCUCAUCUGAAGACCCAGACAGUGAGGUCCAUCUGCGGCUCUAUGGUCAGCACUACCAUGUCUACACCCAUAGCUUCCUCUGCUAUGGUCGAGACCAGGUUCUCCAGAGGCUGCUGGCCAGUGCCCUCCAGAUCCAUCACUUCCACCCCUGCUGGCCAAAGGGCUACUCCACCCAACUGCUGCUCCAGGAAGUCUAUCAGUCACCAUGCACUAGAGACCAACGCCCCCAGACCUUGAACAGCAGUGCCACUGUCAGCUUGUCUGGGACCAGCAAUGCUGCCCUUUGUCGUAACCUAGUCUCUGGUCUCUUCAACUUUUCCUCCUGCCCCUUUUCCCAAUGCUCCUUCAAUGGGGUUUUCCAGCCCCCUGUGACUGGGAACUUCAUAGCAUUUUCUGCUUUCUACUAUAUUGUGGACUUCCUGAAGACAGUGAUGGGACUGCCUGUGGGAACCCUACAGCAGCUGGAGACAGCCACAGAAAUAAUCUGCAACCAGACUUGGGCUGAGCUUCAGGCCCGAGUGCCAAGGCAGGACACCCGCCUGGCUGACUACUGCGCGGGAGCCAUGUUCAUACAUGCGCUACUGAGCCGUGGCUACGGCUUCGACGAGCGCUCUUUCAAGAGAGUGGUCUUCCAAAAGAAAGCCGCAGACACAGCUAUCGGUUGGGCGCUGGGCUACAUGCUGAAUUUGACCAACCUGAUUCCCGCUGACCUCCCGGGACGACGUAAGGGAACUCACUUCAGCUCCUGGGUCGCUCUCCUUCUGCUCUUUGCGGUCCUGAUCUUGGCGGCGCUGAUCCUGCUCUUGCGCCAGGUGCGCUCUGCCAAGUCCCCAGGCGCCCUCUAGGGGCGCACUGGGAGCUGCUCCCAACUCUGUGUUAUUCCUCUCCCAGUGCAUCUUGGACCCCUAAUUAACCUGGGACUAGACAUUCCGAUAUCUACCUUUACAGAAAGCCCAGAUGUCUCCCUCCCACCCGCAGUUCCCUCCAGCCCUGAGCUCGCAAUUAAUUCUCCCCUUUAUCUCUUCCUGAGGUGUCAGAUUCAUGGUGAGGUUCAUUCAGAUUGUCAGUGCCCUGGUAACUUCCUGUCUGUAGUCUGGGCCUUUGGAAAGGCAAGCAUCAGAACCUGCAGGCUAGAAGUCAGUUCAAUACCUGCUUGUAAAAAUUUUGUAAUAAAAGAUUUUUCCUAGAGCACUGAAGUGUUUAUAGGAUGGCACAUCUUUCCGUUGCCAGUUCCUCCUUUCAGCUGUGUUGGUUAUUCAGAUAAAACCUGCUUCCAAGAUA